UUGACCCUUGAUAGUACACUGACGCGUCGGCAAGAUAUGGGCUGACAUCAACUUGAAACCGAACUCUUGUACAUAUUUCAUAUUUCGAGGCUUGCUUGCAUAGAUAUCGUGAGAGCAACAGCGCCUGAGCUCCAGAGUUACUGAAGUCUGAAGCACAUAUUCCGCCCGCCUCGAGGAUGAAAACGCUCAAACACGAAAUCUUGAAGGGCACGUUUUUGAGCUUUCUGUAUUUGACAACCGUGACAUCUUCUAAUACAGAAAUCGAUGGCAAGAGGAAUCAGUCGCAAAGCCAGGCCGCUAGGUUGAGACGUGACCUAUUCCGCACUGACUACGAUCCUGAGCUGAGGCCUGUUGUGAACAUGAGCGAUAAAGUUACUGUAAAGCUUGGAAUCUCUUUACAUCAACUUAUCAAUGUGGACGAAAAAAAUCAGUUGAUGCAAGUCAGUCUUUGGAUUCGUCAGACCUGGUUCAAUCCAUUCUUGACUUGGAACCAAUCGGAAUAUGGAGGAAUUAGUCAAAUAAAUAUCAGACCAAGUAAAGUGUGGAUACCAGAUAUCUUUCUAUAUAACAAUGCUGACGCGACCCAGGAUGGCGCACUGGAUCGAUUCAAAACCAAAAUAGUACUCAGUUCCAACGGACGGAACAUGUGGCUCGGCCCAGUUCUCUACACUUUCUCUUGCAAGAUAAAUGUUGACUUUUUCCCUUUUGAUGAACAGUUCUGUUCGAUGAAGUUCGGUUCGUGGACAUAUGAUGGUUACCGAUUGGACGUUGUAUUGGAAGCACAGGAAGGUGACACUAAGAAGUACGUUAACAAUGGAGAGUGGGAUUUGAUUGGUAUCCCUGCGCAAAGAAAUGAGAUCAUUUACGUAUGCUGUCCCGAGCCUUACCCGGAUGUGACGUACACAGUCCAUAUAAGGAGGCGUACCAAGUAUUAUUACGUCAACCUUAUAAUUCCAUGCGUGCUGAUAACAUCUCUGACGCUGCUGUCGUUCUUCCUCCCCCCUGACUCGGGUGAACGCAUCACACUGGUGAUCACCAGCCUCCUGGCCAUGACUGUGUUUAUGUUGAUCGUGGCGGAGAUCAUGCCUGCCACUUCUGAAGUUGUUCCGCUUAUAAGCAUUUACUACACAGGUAUCAUGUUUGAGGUGGGACUUGCUUUGGUUGCAACGUGCCUGGUCCUUAAAUGCUAUUACAACAAUCCUUCAGUGUCGGAGAUACCUGUGUGGGUGAGAACCAUUGUCUUGAACUGGCUGGCAAAACUUGUGCGUGUCAAAGUUCCGCCAGGUCUUGUCAAAGUCAUUAACAAACACUUCAAGGAGAAAGCUGAAGCCCGGGAGGAGAUUGAGCACGAGCGGCGUAAUUCUAUCCUCCCACAAUCAAUCUUGAACGUUAACCAGGAUAGAUGUAAAAAAAGUAGCGUUAUUUCCAUGGGACGAAACCGUGCUAUGAACAGUAUAUCUGAGAGACGCUUCAGUUGUGGAUCAGAAGAUAUGUCAACUCUUGGUCUUCCGCAGUUAUUUAACACACGCGCAAACAGUCAGAAUUCCAUUAACGAAGAACAGCCUAUCAGAGAAGCUCCUCCGCCUAAUGUCCCACUGUCCUUUGAGGCAUCCAUGAAGGAAAUGCUUUUAAAGCAAGACAAUUUGUUGAGGAACGUGCGAAGGCUGGUGCAUGUCGCGAGAGAAAAUGAAGAAAAUGAGAUUAAGAGGGAGGAGUGGAAAAUGGUCGCCUCUGUCAUCGAUGCUUGCUUCUUUUGGUUGUUUAUGGUAACUCUAAUUGUAUCCUCCCUAGUCAUUUUUCUACAAGCUCCAAAUUAUAACGAUAAAGAUGUGUGACUUAGAUUGAUAGCAAUAGUUAAUAGCACCAUGCUUAGUGGCCAGGAAAGUAGUUUGUAUUUCGUGUAACACUAGUAGAGGUAGAGCCAACUUUUCAUUGGAAACAUUUGACGGUUUUUGAGAAAGGAUGUUUAGGUUCAUAACUAAUUUUGACUUAAUUGACUCAAAGUAUCUACAGGCAGUCGCCACUUGUCACCUAUUCAAAUCCAUCAGUGCUUACUGUAUAAAGACAUGUUUGUCGCUAGAGGAAGUAUUCGUUGUAUAGGACUUUGGUCGGUGCAAAUAGUUUGUACUUCAUGAGUCACAGAAAUUGGACUACCUUUCACCUUAAAAUGUUUUACAGAUGCAACGAAUAGUUUUAGCCGCUAGCAGGACAUAACGUCUUUAAUAAAUUUAUUCACUGACAAAACAUAAUUUCUGAAUAUAAUUUGACAAUUCCAAUAUACAUGAAAUAUUGCAAUGCCUCCAUUGCAAUAUUUUAAAAAAAACGUUUAUGAA